CAAAAACCCUAAUCGACGCUUCCAAAAUUAAUCUGCUUCCACAGAAUUUCAAAUCACACAUCCUUCGUCGAAUCAUCAUCGUCUCGCAAUCGCUUCAAAUGGCUUCGAAAACUGCUGCUGCUAAAGACAUCAUCACACUCCACGGAUCCGCCGCCAUCGUCAGCGAGUUCUUCUGUUACGCUGCCAACAGUAUACUGUACAAUCGAGCAGUUUACCCAGAAGAAAGCUUUGUGAAAGUGAAGAAGUAUGGUCUUCCAAUGUUGCUUACUCAAGAUGAAUCCGUCAAGUCAUUCUUAUCAAACCUCACUUCUCAAAUCUCCGAGUGGCUUGAAGCUGGGAAGUUGCAGAGAGUAGUGUUGGUGAUAAUGAGUAAAGCUACUGGUGAGGUCUUGGAGAGGUGGAAUUUUCGUGUUGAGACUGAUUCUGAAGUUGUUGAGAAAGGUGUGUCGAGGGAGAAGAGUGAUAAGGAGAUUAUGAGGGAGAUUCAAGCUAUUAUGAGACAGGUUGCUUCCAGUAUUACUUACUUGCCUUGUCUUGAUGAACCAUGUGUGUUUGAUGUGUUGGCGUAUACGGACACGGAUGUGGCUGUUCCGUUUACAUGGGUGGAAAGUGAUCCGAAACUUAUUGCUAAUCCACAGAUGGUUAAGCUACACGCUUUUGAUACCAAGAUUCACAAAGUGGACACCCUUGUCUCAUACAAGAACGAUGAAUGGGAUGAAGAAGAGUAGUAAUACAACAAGCCUCUUGUUCAAGCUCAACCAGUGUUUUCCUUUUCUCAAGUUCUUGAAAGUCAAGUGAAUCUUUUAUUCACCUAUGUUGUUUUCUAUUUUUCUUCUUUCCGGAUUGUGUGAGAAUCAUGUAGCUUUGUUGUUGCGUUUGUUCAAAAGUCAUCAGUUUUUCGUUUGUGUCUGUCCCCUGGCCUUGCAUUGACCAUUAUGUCUUACAAACCAAAACAUAUAUUGAUUUCAGUAAAAGUCUAUCGACCCCUG